AUGGAUACCACCACGCCAGGUGUCGAGUACGCCGACCGUGCCUGCAACUCGUGCAGACAGCGUCGGGUCAAGUGUGACAAGAGACUUCCUGCCUGCUUGCGCUGUGAGAAAUUAGGGAGACCAUGCACUGGCUACGAUCUGGAACGAAAGUUCCUGGACGAGGGUAUUAAGGUCCGAAGGAAAUAUGAUGGAAACUUUCAAUCACCGGAUUUCUCGCGGAUCGUGGUCUCGAAUUCCCCCAGAGCCCCGGCGGCGACGGCGGCGGUAGUGCCUGAUCGUCGAAUCAAUCUUCCACCGAUACACAACAUCCCAAGCAUCUCUCAAGUAAACUCACCUCCCAUCUCUUCCGCCCCCAACCUGCCAAGCAUACAAGGGGUGUCGGAUCGAGCCUCGAUCCCCAAUAUACAAUUCCCAGCCUUUGGACUCCUCAAUCAGCAGAGUCCCGAUUUCAAUAUUUUCCCCAAUACUCCUCCCCAGCCUGCCAUCAGCGCCCCUCCUCCGUCGUCUACUUCGUCAACUUUUCAAUAUGCGGCGACGCCCCCUCAAUUUCCUGACUAUGGGCAGUAUGCUCACCAGGAACAUCCCACCGCCAAACUGCUUCAUGGCAAGCCGCAGUAUGCACCCUCAGAUUUGGACUCCUCCGUUAGCGAGGACUAUUUCGACCUGGACAUAGAAACAUACUACGCAAAGGGGAAUAAUGCCUGUGGUUUCAUUCCCGGCCUACCAGUGAUCUUGACUGACAAUAAUGUUCCUGAAUCCGACGACGAUUUCUUGACGAGUGAUUUUGCUUCGAUUAGUGGCCGAUCAUCAGUUUAUGAUGGCUCGGAAGGAACUCGCAGCAGCCGCCCAGAGUACAGUCAAAAAUAUCUGCACGAGAGGACAACCGAGUUGGCUUGUCUGACGCGACACUUUGUACAAUCAGUUUCACCAUCGAUGGAUCUCUUCGACCUCGACAACUAUUUUAGCAGAAUAGUCCCUCUGAAAGCCGUUCAGAACGUAAUGCUCAGGUCUGCAAUGGCUGCAGUGGCAGCGAACCAAAUCGGGCAGAUGAUGGCAAAUCACUCGCCAUUGGAAGAUUUGCAGCAUCUAUUACCAUUUAUCGGGGAAGACGGCGCUUUGCAGCACACGGACUGGUUCUACAAGGCCGCCAACUACUAUGAUCGGGGAAUUUCAUACCUGCGAAUCUUUCUGCAGCGUUGGCUGAGCGACACGAACAAGGAAGGGCUUACGGGACAUGCAUCGAGGUACAACGACCCACGGACUCUAUCGGAGCCGAGCAAUAACGCUGCGCUCGGCGCUCCCAACAAACGACGACGCAUCAGCAGAACACAGUCAUCAGAUGGAGCAGACAUGGAGGCUUUGGUAGCUGCAAUAUCCGUCUUCUCGCUUUAUGAGUCCCUCGACAAUUUUACCGACGACUGGUCACAGCACCUUGAUGGCUUCAAAGCGCUCCUGGAAAGCAAAAUCCUCCCGCAUGCCGCUCUUUCUGUCCCUCGUCCACGCGCGAGUCCCUUUAUAUCCAUGAAAGCCGGCCGAGCGGCUUUCUGGAACUUUGCUCGAGCAGAUUAUCUCGCCGCGUACGUGAAUCACUCCAAGACGCGGCUGGAUCCGGACAACUUGACCAUGUGGAAAGCGGCGGGCUUGCCUGUAAUGGACGACGGAACGCUCAACUACAAUGAUCCAUCGACUCCGAUCAACGCAGUUGUGACAUAUCAGCCUGGUGAUCGAGAAGACCUGGUGUCUUGCACUUUGAUCUGGAUAGUGUUGAGGACCAUGAAUUUUAUUGCACCGCAAGAAGACGCCGCACCGAGUUUGAGUGGCACUCCCCGAGUGUUUGACAGUCCUGGAACGAAUGCUAAAGCUGCUUCUGAACCGGGUACACCAGGGGGGACGCAGCCACGGAUUGCGCGGUGGAAGCAACUGCGGCGACAACUCGAAGACUGGUACGACAACCUGCCAUUCACCUUUCAACCAUAUGCGAUUGCGGCUGCAGGCGCCCAGCAACCUUCGGACCUCUUGCCCGAUGGCAGACCACGCUUCGCAAGACUCUUUUUCAGUGUGCCCAUGUGUGCUGCUGCUCUUCAACUAUAUCACUUUGCACAAAUCCUUCUCCUGUUGAACCAACCCGUCGACGACCAAGACGCGAGACACCCCGCAAACAGGCUUCGAAUGUUUCGCCAGGUAGCCGAAGAGUCGGAGCAUCACAGUCGACAGAUCUGCGGCAUCGCGCUUGGGAAGCCUCCACCGGCAGUCAGCAGGCAAAUGGUGCACUCGCUCUACCUGGCCGGAUCAUGCUUUGAGGAGAAAGAGGACCGGACUGUUGUCUUGGAAUUACUGGACAACAUUGCCAAGGAGACUGGUUGUCCGACGGCUCACCGGAUUAAAGAGUUGAAGGAGCAAUGGGGAUGGCAGGACGACACUGUAAGGGAAAUUGGAUAA